CUCCACAUCUUCCUCCCCCCUCUACGAUUUGCUAUCCAAGUCCUGACAGGGUUUUGCACUCCCCAGGAUCUUGGUCCAGCCACAGGUCAGCGACACCCUGGGAUUUAUACACUUUUGAUUGAACCAGAAGUUUUGCCUCUUCCUCUUGAGACCACUUCUGUAUAGGAGUUUAAAACCCGGUUUGGAGUCAUGCCUCUCGCUGGAACACCUGCCCCUCCCAACAAGAGGAAAAGAACUGCUAAAAUCAUCACUGACCUGUCACAUAUCACUCAGAAUGAGUACGAGUCAGAGCCUGAGGCCUCCGAGUUUGACUUGGGGACAAAGAUCAGUACACCCAAAGACAUAAUGCUGGAAGAGCUGUCCCUGCUCAAAAACAAGGGCUCCAAGAUGUUCAAAAUGAGGCAGCUCCGUGUGGAGAAGUUCAUCUACGAAAAUAACCCUGACGUUUUCAACAGUGACUCUAUGGAUAAUUUCCAGAAGUUUGUCCCUGGCAUUGGGGGACAAAUGGUAGAUGUUGGUGGACGUCUUGUUGGUGGACGUCUUGUUGGUGGACGUCUUGUUGGUGGACAGAUAGUUGGUGGACAGAUAGUUGGUGGAGGUGGGCAUGCACCUGUGCCUCCUCCCAAACCAGGAAGCCGGGGUACAGGGGCAGGAAGUGGUGCAGGAGGAACAGCUGGCGGAGUGGGUGCAGGGGCAAGCAAGAGUGCCGAGUCAUCAGCUGAUGGCUCACAGAGCGCAGAAAGUGCUCAGGCUACUGCUUUAGCAAAAGAGAAGAAAAGAAAGGAGUAUGUGAAGACGUAUGUAUCACCCUGGGAAAAGGCCAUGAAGGGCAAUGAAGUACUUAUAUCUACUAUGAAGCCAUACAUGCCAGGACCCUGUGUUCAUGGAGACCAGCCCAAAUAUAAGUGUUUUAACAGGACGGCUUUGCCCUAUGGGGGCUUUGAGAAAGCUUGUCAGCUGAUGACCUUCCAGCUGCCGGAUAUCGAGGCAGCAGCAGAGGAGUCGGAGCCUGCAGUGGUGUACCACCAUGACAUACAUUCAAGACCCUCCUUUAACCGCACUCCCAUCGGCUGGGUGGGCAGCGGAGACACAAGCACCAUCCACCUGCACAUUGAUACCAUGCCAUUUGAUGGGGAGACUGAUGAGCUGUGAGGAGUAAACAUCUUAGUCCUUCAGAAAGCUCACUUGAUAUUCACUUCCCCAGCCCUGCUUCGCAUUUCCUCUAAACCACCUAUUCUUUCUUUCUUUCUUUCUUUCUUUCUUUCUUUCUUUCUUUCUUUCUUUCUCUGUCCGUCACUUUUUCUCUCUCUCACAAACACACACAGUGCUUCCAUAUGUGUCAUUUCAACACAAUAUAUCUUCAACAUGUGCUUCAAGAUCAGUGGAUCACUGUGUGUGAAAUCAGUCCCGAUCCAUGUGUCCAGAUCCAUCCACUGUUCAAAGUGGGAUACGUGGUUGUGAGAUUGACAAUUUAUGUGUAAGUAAGGAAAAUGUCCAAACAGCCAACAAAAUUAUUAUGGCUACAAACAAACUGAGUCCUAGAGUCUUAAUGUACUAAUUUGAACUCUAUUUCUUGUCCGUCUUUGCCUUUUACAUACAAAAUCCUGCUAUGCACAUGUGCUCAAAUGAGAUUUAUGUGUGGACAAGUCAGUGGCCAAAUUAUCACUUAAGAACUCUAGUACAGAACAUCCACUACUAAAAUGUUGUUCGGAAAGUUAGCACUUGAUCUUCACUGGAACUUUAAGAAAGUAUUUACUUAAAAUUUACUUUUGAAUUUAUUGAAUUAAGUGAAAGACAUCUUGGCAUGAUGAUGAUGAUGAUGAUGAUGAUGAUGAUGAUGAUGAUGAUGGAGUAUGCAACAUGUUUCCCUACUGUUGUUUCGCAUGUUGAUAUAAUGAAUUAUAAAAGUUUAACAACACCCCUACUUAAUAAAUAUUUGAUAGCUGA